AUGGAGCAGGAGACCAUCUACGUCCCGCCGACUCAAAGGGCCAUCGACCAUGUGAUCUUGAACUCUGUCGGCAUGGCUGUCGCCAUGGGUGUGAUCGGUUUGCGCCUCUCUGUUCGCCACUUUGGAAUAGGCAUUGGAUGGGAUGAUGGGCUCAUGGUGGUUGGAUUUGUUAUCGCGGCGGGAUUCUUUGGAAUCGUGUCGUCUUGGAUUACGCUUGGUAUGGGUUACAAUCUGGACCCAAACUCACCACUGUACCUCACUCUCAUGAACAACCUUCCUUCGAUUUACAAGGGACUGCUUGUUGCGCAAGUCCUCUACGUCACGUCACUCACAGCCAUGAAAUUGAGUGUCCUAAUGUUUUACCUUCGCAUCUUCACCGUGCGCAUACUGCAGAUCGCAACCAAGAUCUUUAUUGGAGUUAUCAUCUGUUGGGGUGUCGCCUUCAUCCUGUACAUGCUUUUGGUUUGCCGGCCCAUUGAGGCGAACUGGAUCUUCACAAUGACUCCUACCCACUGCGGCGACCAAAUCGCCAUGUACACCUCUUUAAUCACGCUCAACAUGAUCACCGACUUUUUCAUCAUGGUGUUCCCGCUUUACACCAUUUGGAACUUGCAGAUGCGAACAGCCGAAAAGCUCGCCCUUACCAUAUCGUUCUGUCUUGGAUUUACUGUCAUCGCCCUCGGUGCCGUCCGCCUGCAUGCGCUCUAUGAUUUGGCAUUGGCAGCCAACCUGACCGGAACCGUCGAGCAGACGGUGUUUCUCGCGACGAUGGAGCUGUGGUUCAACUCUCUGGCACUCAGCAUCCCCACUCUCCGGCCCUUGUACAGGCAGCUGCGAGAAAAGUGGUCUGGCUCGAAUAUCGAUCGUUCCGGAGCCAACAGCUAUAUGCCCAACACCAGCGACCCGUUGAGCAGAAGGUCCAAGCGCAACGGCGCGUUCACAAACGCCACGGCGACGUAUCUGGAGAUGGACGACUGCGAGUCGCUCAAAGACAAGAGCGGGGCGGAUGACGGCGUCGUCGGACACUCCCCUCAGGUGGACGAUGCGAGCUCUGAGAAGAACUUGACAAACAACCCGAACAAGAUCAAAGUCACGACACGGUGGACAAUUUCGCACAACUCAUGA